UACUUGUGAAUGGUAGGUUUUAUUGCACCUCCUUAAACACCAAUUCCAAUCAACAACUUCUGAUUCCUCCUCACCUACAAUAAGAAUUGUCAACUCGACGGUUUGAUUUUUUCCUUGGUAUGCAAGAGACGAAAAAACAAUAAACGAAAAUAAUAUAAGACGCGGUUUAUUUUGACGACUCUUUUCUUGCUGACUCUCCCUCUCUCUUUCCUCUUCUUCUCCAAACCAAAAUUACCUCUGGUUGGCCACUCUGAUGGAAAUCAAUCGCUCAUAAGCUUUAUGUUAAUGGGUCUUUUCCUUCCUUCACCUAUUACUCACUCUGUAAUCUAUUCAUCUCUCACUUUUAUGGGUGUUUCCCUAUAUUGCUACCAAUGAGAAUUACGAUCUAUUUAUGGCUUCUUUUGUUAGCAGUUUUCCGAGUUUUAUUCUGCACCGAGAUAAGUUUGGUUUCUGCUGAAUGUCAAAGUGAUCAGCAAUCCUUGUUGCUCCAACUCAAGAACAGCCUCAACUUCAGUCCUGCAUCGUCUGUAAAAUUGGUGAACUGGAUCCAGAGCGUAGAUUGUUGCAGUUGGAAUGGCGUAAGCUGCGAUGAAGAUGGUCGAGUCACGGGUCUCGACCUCAGUACGGAAAAUAUUGCCGGCGUAAUUGACAACUCAAGCAGUCUUUUUUAUCUUCAGCAUCUCCGGAGCCUGAAUUUGGGGUUCAACAACUUCAAUCGUUCUCAAAUUCCAACCCAGAUUGGCAUGCUAGGAAAUCUUGUUUAUUUGAACUUGUCAAACGCUGGAUUCGGGGGGCAAAUUCCGAUUGAGAUUUCACGUUUGACAAGGUUGGUUAGCCUUGAUUUAUCUGCCUUUUUUCUAGGAAAGUUCUCACUGGAACUUCAGAACCCAAAUCUAACCAUGCUUGUUCAGAACCUGUCAGACCUUACAGAGCUCUAUCUUGAUGGUGUAAGAAUCUCAGCAAGAGGGGAGACAUGGUGCCAGGCCAUAUCUUCAUCCCUACCAAAUCUGAGAGAGUUGAGCAUGUCCAACUGCAAUCUUGCAGGGCCCAUUGAUCCAUCGUUGCUAAAGCUUCGGAACCUUUCAAUCAUUCGUCUGGAUAACAACAACUUCUCAACUUCAGUACCAGAUUUUUUUGGGAAUUUUUCAAGUUUGAUUUCCUUGAGACUCAGCAGUUGUGGAUUGUCGGGUAAUCUUCCCGGGAGGGUCUUUCAACUACAAACGCUACAGACUCUUGACUUGUCAUUCAACAAGUUUCUUCAAGGCUCUGUGUUGGAUUUCCCCCAAAACGGAUCUCUGCAGUCUCUGGUUCUAAGUUACACAAAUUUCUCGGGGAAAUUACCAGAUUCAAUUGGCAAUCUUACAAUGCUGUCAAGAAUAGACCUCGUAAAUUGCAGUUUCAGUGGAUCAAUUCCUAGCUCAAUGGCAAACCUCACGCGAUUGGUUUAUUUGGAUUUAUCUUUCAAUCAGUUCAGCGGAUUAAUACCAUCAUUUCGUAUGUCCAAGAAUCUGACCUAUAUAAAUCUUUCUCAUAACUUGUUAUCAGGUCCAAUUCCAACUCAUUGGAAAGGCUUUCAAAAACUUGUUAAUCUUGAUCUACGAAAUAACAUGCUCAGUGGCACAAUCCCACCAUCUCUCUUUUCUCUUCCCUCACUGCAAAAGAUUCAACUUUCUGACAACCAAUUUUCUGGUCAACUACAUGAAUCUCAAAGUCUUCCUUCUAAUCUUCUGGAUACUCUUGAUUUGAGCAGCAACGAAUUGGAAGGGCCAAUACCAAUGUCCAUCUUUCAACUCAGAGGACUUAAUAUACUUCAGCUUUGUUCCAACAAGUUCAGUGGAACUAUACAGCUAGCCAUGAUCCAGACUCUUGUAAACCUGACCAACCUUGAUCUCUCUUACAACAAUUUGAUUGUCAAUGCCAGUGGUAACUAUUCUACAAUUUCAUCCUUCCCACAGCUUACCACAUUAAAACUGGCUUCUUGCUCACUCAAAGUGUUUCCUGAUCUGAAGAAGCAAUCAAAACUUUUCUCUUUGGACCUUUCAGAGAACAAAAUUUCUGGAAGUGUGCCUAGUUGGUUUUGGAGCAUUGGUAACGGUUCUCUCAAUGAAGUGAAUCUGUCAUCCAACAGCCUCACGGAUUUGGAAGAACCCUAUUAUCUUCCUUCUCUUAGCAUUCUUGAUCUUCAUUCCAACCUGCUCAAUGGACGACUGCCAAAGAUACCACCAUCUGCAACCUAUGUAGAUUACUCCUCCAAUAACUUCUCUUCAGUUAUUCCUGCUGACUUUGGAAAUUCUCUCUCCAUCACCAUUUUCUUUUCCCUAUCAAAAAAUAGCUUGACUGGAGCAAUUCCUGAAUCUAUAUGCAAGGCUAUGUAUAUCCAAGUGCUUGACUUCUCAAGAAACAAGUUGAGUGGUCCAAUACCAGACUGCCUACUUCAAAUGACAAGUCUAGGUGUCUUAAAUUUAAGGAGAAACAUUCUUGCAGGUAACAUCCCAGAUAAGUUUUCAGCAUAUUGUGGUUUACAAACUCUGGAUCUCAACGGAAAUCAGUUGGAAGGACCGGUCCCAAGGUCUCUGUCCAACUGUAAGAUGUUGGAAGUGUUAGAUAUGGGAAACAAUAGGAUAUUUGAUAGUUUCCCAUGCCAGUUGAAGAACAUAUCCAGCCUGCGCGUACUUGUUCUACGAUCCAAUCUAUUCUAUGGCACCAUUGCUUGUCCAGUAUCAAAUACAGGUCCUUGGCAAAUGCUUCAAAUUGUCGACCUAGCUUCCAACAAUUUCAAUGGUACUAUACCACCAAAAUGCUUGCAGACUUGGAAGGCAAUAAUGGUAAAUGAAGAUCACGACCACCUCCAAUUUAAGUUCUUGCAACUCAACAAUUUUUAUUAUCAGGACUCAGUAACAGUUACCAGCAAAGGUCGAGAAUUAAAGUUUGAGAAGGUUUUAACACUCUUAACUGUCAUUGAUUUCUCAAGCAACAUGUUUGAAGGGCCUAUUCCAGAAGAGAUGGGAGAGUUUAGAGGACUCUAUGUUCUUAAUCUUUCACAUAAUGCUUUGACAGGCCAAAUCCCUUCAGAUUUAGGCAACAUGAUACAGCUCGAAUCUCUAGACCUCUCUGGAAACAACCUCAACGGGGAGAUACCGACGCAGCUAACAAGGCUAAAUUUUCUUUCGUUCCUCAACCUCUCAAACAAUCAACUAACGGGAAGGAUCCCGAUAGGAGCUCAAUUUGGAACAUUUUCAGCAGCUUGCUUUGAAGGGAACAAAGGAUUGUGUGGAUCCCCAUUAAACGUGACUUGCAAGUCUGCAUCACCUGAGGUACAUUCAAACAAUGAAUCCACAAAGGCAGGAGAUAAAAUUGAUUUGCAGUUCAUAGUCACUGGUUUAGGAUAUGGUCUAGGUGCUGGAGCCAUUGCUGCACCAAUUAUGUUUUGGAAGAGAGCUGGUAAAUGCGUUGAUGAUGGUAUUGAUAGAUUCCUUCUAGUGAUUCUUCCAAUAUUGGGAUUAACGUACUCGACUUCCCAUAGAUGGAUGCUAGAGGCAGAGGAAGAUCCCCAAGAAGAGAACAAGGAGGACUCGGAAAAGGAUCAUGAGAACAAUGAAGAAAAAGAAGACGAAGAAUUUCAAGGGAGGUACUGCGUACAUUGUUCCAAACUUGAUAUGAUCAUGAAAACGGCCAUUCAUGACCUCAAAUGUACAUGCCAUGAUUCACCACCCAUAUCUUCCUCUUCUUAUUCCUCUUCAUUCUCAUCUUCCCCUGAGAAUCUUUUCCCGUUCUUUUCUCACUCUGUACAUAGAUAGAGAGAGCAUCAACCCUGUAAAGGGCGAUAAGAGAAAAAAGAAAAACAUCGAUUUAAAUUAUCUUGAUUUUUUUUUUUUUUUUCUUUCGACUGGAUCUUUUCUUCCCGGUUUGGGUGUGUUUAUGCCGCGCAGCAUGAUAAUGCGACAGAAACUAUUUCAUUCAGGAAUUUCUUCGAA